AUGGCCGGCCAUGGCUGGCCGUUCGCGCUCGAGCUCGCGCUGCGAGGCGCCUGCGCCGGCGAUGCGCCCGCGCCCGCCCCCGGCCCCGCACCGGAGCGGCUCGUGCCGGCCAUCUUCGUGUUCGGGGACUCGACGGUGGACGUCGGCAACAACAACAAGCUGCCGGACUGCACGCCCGCCUGCAGGGCCAACUACCCCAAGUACGGCGUCGACUACCCCUCCCACGAGCCCACCGGCCGCUUCAGCAAUGGCUACAACCUUGCUGACCAGCUAGCUCAGAUUCUUGGAUUCGACGAGAGCCCACCUGCUUUCCAAUCACUCCCGGAGAAGGGCAUCGCCCGACAGAUGAAAAACGGCAUCAACUUCGCAUCGGGGGGUUCAGGCCUACAGAAUAAAACCGGCCAAAAACUUUGCGGGCAGCUGCACUGCAUGGCCGACCAAGUCGGGAAGUUCACGUCGGCCGUCAAGAAGAUGGGGAAGGGCUCAGGCGACCUCCUCUCCAGAUCCCUCUUCUUCAUCAGCGUCGGCAGCAACGACCUGUUCGAGUACGCCGACCCCGACAGCCCGCCCUCUAAGCGCAACGACACCGCCUUCUUGGAAAGCCUGGUCGCAUACUACAGGGGCUACCUGGAGGACUUGCACGCCGCCGGGGCGAGGAAGUUCAGCAUCGUCAGCCCGGCGCUGCUGGGGUGCUGCCCGUCGCAGAGGGCGAUCGCCAAGAAACACGAUGACAUCGACGAGUUCGGCUGCUUCGGCGCGGCCAACAACCUUUCCAGGCAGCUGUACCCCAUGCUAGCCUCGAUGCUCCAGGACCUCAGCCGUGAUCGGGCCGGCAUGAACUACUCCGUCUGCGACUCGGCGACGAUGGCCGAAAUGAUCUUCAAACCCGGCGGCGGAGCUGGCUUCGACCUGACGGUGCUAGACACGGCGUGCUGCGGCGGCGCCGGCAAGUGCAACUCCUCCGCCAAACUCUGCCACAACCACGACAACUACAUGUUCUGGGACAGCUACCAUCCGACGAAAGCCGCGUCGGGUCUGGCCGCGAUGGCGCUCUUCAGCGACCCCGGCAUGUACGUCCACCCCAUCAACGUGGAGGUGCUGGCGGAGUCGUAGUGUGGAGGACCGCCAGCGAUCUGGCCGUGUGUGCUUAGGACAGUUCUUAUCGAACCAAAAACUUAAUUUCCAAAUAGCGGCCUCAAAGCAUAUCUUCCAACAAAUUCUGAGUUUUUUUUAGGUUGCAUUUCUAUCCUAAAACUUUCCUUUUGUUAUUUCUCCCAUCCUGUUGCGUAUGUAAAUCUCACUUCGACGUACAUUUUAAAAACAUUUCAAUUGUGAA